UUGAAGAGAUUUUUUCAACAGCACGUUGAGAAGCACACUCUAGCACACACACACACACACACACCUACUAGUAGUGUGGAAAAGCUUGUAGAUUGCUCAUCUCCAGCUUUUGAUGCAACAUUUCCUUGCCAAUGAACAAGAUGGCCAAAAUACACCGAACCCAAAUCUCCACCUUGUGUGUGUGUGUGUGUGUGUGCGUGUGUGUGUGCGUGUGUGAUCACACUCCCCCGAUCAAGUCACACUAUUCGCUCCGUUGAUCCACAAUAACCAUACAAGUAAAGGAUAGCGUCCUGCGGCGGGUUUCCGCAGCUCUCGUCCAUGUUUAAAGUUGCCCUGCACCUGGACGCAGCCGAACGAUGGCAGGGUAGUAUUAUCUUGUGCUAUACAAAUGAGAGAUGGCGAGGUGGUGAAAUGUCCUUGCAGUUUCGGUCCGACGACUUCAAUUCUGCAGCAAAUGAUGCAUGAUGGAUCAACACCUGGACACCCCCGCAGCCCAGGAGGCUUGAUGCCGAUAGCGUUUUCAUGACACGACACUUGAAAUCUUCGAGACGACACAUCUCAGUUACCUUUGUUCUUUUGUUACUAUUUACCUCCUGCAACUAUUUUUAAGUGACAUGGCGCAAGCAACUCCACGCGCAUCUGAGCCUUCAACGGCUGCAUCGCUUUCUGGAGAUGCGGUUGCACAGCGGAAUCUGGACACCACAACGCCUUUGAAACACCAAUUGGCAGAUCUUUACAAGCUUGUGGAUAGCAUCAAGGUUGUCUUUCCUCUGUUUUAAUUACUGUCAACGUUAUUAGAAAAGUCCAGCGCAUUCCUAUAGGUUUGCAUGAUGACGACUCGUCGUCCUGACGGCCAUCUAGUGAGCAGACCUAUGGCAGUCCGGAAAAGGAUCGGAACAGACAUGUGGUUUAUUACCAAUAACGAGUCCCACAAACUCGAAGAACUCAGGUUUGACCCACACGUCAACCUCUCGUUUUACAAGGAGGGAACGGGUGAGUGGGUCUCCAUAUCUGGAACUGCGGAAGUGAAACAAGAUCGGUCAUUGGUGGACGCAUUGUGGGGCCCUGAUAUGAAGGCCUGGUUCAAUGAUCUUGGCGAUGGCAUCCAUACUGGAGGACCAGACGAUCCUCGAGUGACUGUUGCACAGGUUAAAGCUUUCUCAGCGUACUACUACGUUCAAGAUAGGUCCAAGCCAGCUGUCCUGUAUGAAUUAGCAAAGUCGACUUUGACGGGUGAGGCUCCCGAGCUUGGCAAGGUACGCUUGAUUGAUGAGGAAAAGGUGGAGGUUGCAAGGAAGCUAGAGUCGAGUACAUAGGGUGGCAUUCUACCGUGUGCGAUCUUCCCCAGCAAGGUUAUAUGGAGAGGGUUUGGAUAGCACUUGCAGUUCAUCAUUCGCUCGGCUGUAAACCGAUCUGGUCAUCCAUAUCAUGUUCGUUGGAACAUGUUCGUAGUAACUUUUGGUCAAAGAUACCAGAAAAUCGUCUCUUUUAAACAGGAUCCUACACAUAAUAUUUACAAAAUGCC